AUGAAACCCAAAUCCAAACCCAAACUCACUACAUCCAAGAUUGCCAAGGCCAACAACACAUCAUUUAAAUCUGCAACCAAACCCAAACCCAAGAACAAACCCUCAUCAUCUAAAGUCACAACCACUAAGCCUACAAACAAUCCCCAACCCAAACCCACUUCAGUUAAUUCUGCCAAGACCAAAGCUAUUACCAGAUUAUCUGCUAGAUCAGCAAGCUCAAGUGACUCUAAUAUUGAUGGUGGAAUUUCUGAAGCAAAGAAGAGGAAUUUGAAGUUUAAGCAUGCACCGGGGUCUGUCUGGAAAAAGGGGAAAGAGAAAGUGUUAGUGGAAGAUGAUGGAAUUAUAGUAGAGAAUUCUGAUGAGGAGGUGGACUGGUUACAAGUGUUAGGGAACAACGAUGGUUCACAUUAUGAUGCAUAUGAUCCAAUGCAUGAUGACUCUGAUGGAAAAGACUCUUAG